AUGGAUCCCUUUUACAAUGGUAAUAAAAGAAGUUCAAUAUCGUUUGGUUCAUCGCAGCGGCAGCCGUAUGGAAAGAACAACUACUUGAGUGGUACUAAUGGACCUUCCUCGGCAGUACAAGAUCAGGGCAGAGGCCCAUCUCCCUUUGGAGUGUCUGGCAACACUACCAAUGGCGGUAACAGCAAAAGGAAUAGUGGCUGUGAUCUAAGUGCUACGUACUAUACAAGUCGGUCGCCGAUGUACUCACCGUUGGAUUUCUCGCCGCCAGUUUUUUCGCCAAAUCAUUCACAGUUGCAGCAGGCGAGGGGCUAUGCCGCAAACAUCCCAGUUGUAAGCAAUCUGAUGAACCCAUCCAUGGCCUCCGUGUGCGACUAUCAAUCACAUUACCCACUUUAUGGGCUCGACUGGAGCGCAGACGACUAUGUCUGCCUGGGUUCGUACAAAGAAGACAGCAGGAAUAAACUGCAGGUUCUGCAUUCUAAUGACCUGUUGAGCUGGGAAAGCGUGGUGGAUGCAGACGUGGUUUAUCCCGUGAGUAAAAUUCAAUGGGUCCCCUCUCAAUUGCAUCCAAGAAAGCUCGCGACGUGCUCUGAUUCCCUACGGAUUUGGAAUGUUAACCCUGAGGAGAGACAGUUCCAAGAACAAAUAAAUCUAUCGCUGUGUAAAUACAAUAGACAACACCCCACCAAUCCAGCGGCCGCAGAUGACAUGAAGGUUAUAGGCACUUUCCCCCCAAUAACGUCAUUUGACUGGAACACGGUCGACGCCAACUUAAUAAUCUCGAGUUCCAUCGACACCACUUGCAUCGUAUGGGAUCUGCAAAGCAGCCACUACGUUAAGACCCAGCUGAUCGCUCACGACAGUGAAGUUUUUGAUGUAAGGUUUUUGACAAAAUCUACACAAUUGUUUGCUAGUUGUGGUGGGGACGGUAGUGUACGAGUAUUCGAUUUGAGAUCCCUUGCACACAGUACAAUUAUCUACGAGCCGCCGGCUUCCCCAGUGUCUGGAGUCACUGCGGGUACUACAACACCGUCGUCGAAAGGCUCAGACGCCUUGUUGAGACUGGAGCCGUCACCGUAUGAUCCAAAUGUGUUGGCCACGUUUGCAGCUGACUCCAAUAAAAUUAUAAUUUUGGAUAUGAGGAACCCGGAAUCACCUAUACUAAGCUUACAGGGCCAUGGUUCCUCAUUAAACGGAAUCAAAUGGCAUCCUACAAAGCGCAAUGUCUUGCUCUCGUGUGGGGACGAUUGCCAGGUACUCUAUUGGGACUUGAACAGCUCCUUCAUGGAAAUUAACGGUGCUGGUAGCAAAUCCCUCAGUGUUCAUACCUCUUCCUUGGAGGAGCCUGAUGGCGACACAGUCAUGGCUGACGGCGGCGCAGGACCCGGUCUACACGAGGAUCCCCUAAAUUUAAACAAUAACAACAAGCAGGUGUGCAAGACAUUAGAGACUCCUAACAUGAUGUAUGCCAAUAAAACACAGGAGAUAAAUAACAUUGCAUGGAGGCCCCAGAGAGGUGAUUGGUUUGGGUGUGUGAGCGGCAAGAAGUUUCAAAACGUCCGCGUCUUCUGA